GGCAAAAUCCUCGAUGCUUUGAAUUUCCUUGCAGGCGCCACAGCAUUGGUGAAGAGGGGUUUUCAACCUCGAGAAUCUUAGUCCAGCUCCAGUAAAUGAAUCUCUUCUGAUACAUCUGGGCCUCAUGUUGCAACAGCUCGAGCCGCUCGUAUCGGGGCUCGUCAACUUCCAGCAUUCCAUGGGAAUCUUCCGGGGCCUGGCCGCGCCCUCCAAUCAGCAUGCAGCGGCGUUGGCCAUCGGGGUGGGGGUUGCCUUGGUUGCAGGAGUGGCAGGCGUCUACAUCAUACAGGGCCAAACCCCCUGGAGCAGCACGAAACGGCGGCCCAAGCCCUUGACCGCCGAAGACUGGAAAAACGCAUUCGACGGCGACGGCCGGUUGCUUAACAACGGUGCGCAAGUUAUUGGACGAGUCCGGCGCGGGGGGGUGGCUCCCGAGAUCCGGUCCGAGGUUUGGCCGUUCCUUCUGGGGGUGCAUGAGCUAGACAGCACGGAGGGCGAGCGGAAGAAGAAGGAACCAGAGCGGAGGAGGAAGUUUGCGCGGCUGAGGAAGCAGGUGGAGGCGUUGAGUCAGCGGAUCAAGGAAGAGGCUGUAAGGAAGGAGAAAGAGGAGGAGGUGGCAGCUUUACAGAGGGAAGCAAAGAGAAAUCGAAACCAAGCCGAGGAGGGUGCGUUGGUUGCUAAUGGGACGGGGGCCGAUGGAAAGGAAGGACGGGAGAGCGGUCAAAAGGAAAGAAGUGUCGGGAUGGAAAGUAGCUUCGAGUCGACCACUCAGAACUCAGACCGACAUCAAACUGAUGCCCAGUCAGGGGAUCCCUCCCCAGCCAAAGCGCGGGACGGGUCGGACAGUGCGUCGGCGUCAAGGGAGAUGGAUGCAACGGAAACAGGCGGCGCUGACGAUUUGGCAAAACCUGGUACGAGCCCCCUGAAAACUUCAAACCCCUCGGAAAGUUCAAAGCCCUCGGAAACGGGAAACCCCAAACCACCCGAAGACGCCCAGGCCCUGGAAGAGUUCCAGACGUGGCUGCGCAUCAUCCGCUUGGACGCCGUCCGGAUGAACGCCGCGUGGAUUCCGUACGCGCCCGCGCAGGCGGCCUGCGACCCCGGGAGAGCGGAAGAGAUGGCGCGUGCGGUGGGGCUCGAGAACGACGAGCACCUGGAGCCCGCGCGGCGCGCGCACGCCGCACGCCUAGUUGCGAUCCUGGAGGCGUAUGCGGUUUACGACAAGGAGACGGGGUACUGCCAGGGGAUGAGCGAUCUGCUGUCGCCGUUUGUGGCGCUGAUCGAAAGUGACGCAGAGGCGUUUUGGUGCUUCCAGAGGUUGAUGAAGACGGCGAAGCACAACUUCCGCAUCGACGAGCGGGGCAUCCGCGGGCAGUUGGACCGAAUCGCCGCCAUUCUGGAGCACGGCGACCCGGAACUCUACCAGCAUCUUGCAAAGAUUGGCGCGGGGGACUGCAUCUUCGCAUAUCGUAUGGUCGUCGUCCUCUUCCGGCGGGAGCUCAGCUUCGAGCAGACGCUGUGUCUGUGGGAGGUUUGUUGGGCCGAUGCUCUGGCGGCCGAACAGAUUGAAUCCGUUGCGAAAGCGGCCAGCAUGGUCGGCGGGACCGUUGAGCAAAGCUCCGGUCAGAAGAAGGCUACCAAGGAGCUUCUCCUCUAUGCCAUAGCAGCGGCCGUGAGGCAAAGGAGGAGAAAGAUACUUGAUGAGUGCUCGGCCAUGGAUGAAGCCUUGAGAGAGUGCAAUGCCAUGGCAAAUAACAUAGAUCUGUGGAGGACGCUGCAAGAUGCAAGGGCGCUCGUACAGAUAUGCGCUAAAAAGUAGGGUUGGAUGAAAUGAUUGGUGCGUCGUAUAUUUCUUUGAGGCUGGGCCGUUGCCGCAUGCGAUUUGUACAAGUAAACAACCUGAUAUCAAUCAUCAUCACUUCCGUCCUUCUAGCGGCAACCCUAGU